GGAUGCUGCUGCCUGUAAUGGGGAUGAUGACAGAGCCGGGGAUUAGUCCCCACUCUGCGUUUCGAGGCAUAUUUAAAGGUUUUGAAACAUCUUGACUGUGAAAUAGAGAUAAGAACUGGAGGAGACGCAAACUGCGGAGGCGUCACUCCCAUUUUUUCACAGCUCCCACCCGGCUGCAAAAAAUAGCACCAUCAGCAGCACCCAACCCCAUGCAACACACACACAUGGACACAGCGGUGCUGGGACGCCCAGAAACCAGCACACACUCACACAGGAGCAGAGCAAAGUGCAGCAAAACCAGCAGGCACCAAGCGACCAACGGCUCUUCCCACUGAGAAACAGGAGGAGUUUCUCAGCGUUGACUCAGUUUGUUUCCGAAGCGGCACAGCCCUCAGACCACACCUGCCCCAUCAGCCCUAAGUGCCCUUAAUUCCUCAGCGAGCAGUUUCUAAACCUGAAUUAGGAAGGAAAAAAAAAACAAUAAAUAAAAAGGAAUGAAGUGGUGGAGUGAUUGCAGUAAUCAGAUACACCGCGUCCCCGCUGCCGCCCAUCGGCCGGGGGUGGUGGGCACGGCCACGAGAGCAUCGCCCAGCGUGGGAUGGGGGAGCUGGCUUUGGGGACAGACACACGGACGGGAAAGAGCUACAUGGAUGGUGGCAGCUCCCGACGAGGCUGUGAGUAUCCGUCAGAGCUUUUCCCUGGGAUGAGGGGUGGUGAUGGGGGAAUUUGCUGAGGUGUUGGGGCUGGUGGUGAAGUUGCUGCUGUCUGCCAUCCGCUUGCCCAUGGGAAUGCCAUGAGCAGCCCUUCUAUCUCCAUUUUUUUCCUUCAAAGCAGAGUGGAAAAUCUCCAAACACACAGCAAACAGCCAAGGGGCCGUGCAACAGCAAGAACCAAGAUUUGUUGCUCCUUCUUCAUCCACUUCAGGCAGGGAUUGCUGCUUUUCAUUACGAUUAUUAUCCUAAAUCCUUCUUUACUUACCCCAGUACCACCUCAUCACCAGCAUGGGAGGGAUUUUGAAGGUGCAGACCCCAAGCCUUGUUGACAGCAUCAUGCCCAGGGUGGCCAUAAAUAAUUUCAAAUCAUUUUACUGAUUUCUGGCACAACUGCUGGAAGCCUUCCUUGCUUACUUAUGAUACGAGCUGAGUUUAAUGGGUUGCCAUAUGCAAACAAGAGCUGGGUGAAAUCAGAGAAAGAAUGGCUGAAUGAAUGGGUUGGGAGACCAAAAAAUGAAAUAAAAUAGGGAAAAUGUGUACUUUCUGCUGAUCAUAGCCUUUUUAUUUCAGCUGAGCGUGGAACCUUCUGAGCGGCACUGGCUGCACAUUUUGGGGUGGGAUCUCAGAGGCACAGAGGCCGACCCCUCCCUGUGUCCAUCAACAUGGAUUGCAAUGACAUCGUCACUGCAGAGGUCUGCAAGGAGGACGACAUUGGGGAUGGAGAACUCUGCGAGGUGAUGGUGGCUGGUUACCCGGUGCUGCUGGUGAGGAACAAGAUGGAGUUCAGUGCCCUGGGCAGUAGGUGCCCGCACUACGGCGUGCCGCUCAGCAAAGGGGUCUUGAGAGGGCACAGGCUGCGCUGCCCCUGGCACGGCUCCUGCUUCAACAUCCGAACUGGAGAUAUUGAGGAGUACCCUUCUCUGGACUGCCUGCCUUGCUUUAAGGUAACAGUGGAAGAUGGAAAGGUGUUUGUAACAGCUAAAAAGAAGGAUCUUGAAAGCAGCCUGAGGGUGAAGGACAUGAGCAAACGAUGCCUUCUCAACCGGAACACCAUGCUUCUCCUGGGGGGAGGUGUGGCUGCCCUGACCUGUGCAGAGACACUUCGCCAAGAGGGCUUUACUGGCAGGAUCAUCAUGGCCACCAAAGAGAAACAUGCUCCAUAUGACAAGUCCAAACUGAGCAAGGAAAUGAAUUUAAAAGCUGAGGACAUCUACCUGAGGAAACCUGAAUUCCUGUGUGCUCAUGGCAUAGAGCUCUGGACAGAGAAAGAGGCAGCGUCAGUGGAUUUCCAGAAGCAGAAGGUUCGCUUCAUGGACGGAUCCUCUCAGAAGUACAACCAGCUGCUCAUUGCAACAGGCGGACACUCCAGCUUCCUCAAAGUCCCAGGUGCAGACCUGCAGAACGUGUGUCAUCUUCAAACCCCAGAAGAUUCUAGCAAGAUCUUAGAGCUGGCAGCUGGGAAGAAUCUUGUGAUUGUAGGAGCUUCAUUCGUAGGAAUGGAGGCAGCUGCCUUCCUCUCAGACAAGGCUGCUGUCAUCUCGGUGGUGGAAAAACAUGAGUUCCCUUUCCAGAAGACGCUGGGUCCUCAGGUUGGAGGCGUUGUCUUGAAGAUGCUGCAAAGUAAGGGAGUCAAGUUUUACAUGAAAAAAGAACUCCGUGAGCUGAAAGGGAAGGAUGGAAAGGUCACAGAAGCCAUUCUUGCCAGUGGAGAAAAACUACCUGCGGAUGUGGUGGUGGUGGGAAUAGGGGUGACCCCCAACUCUUCAUUUCUGAAGGGCACCUCCAUCGCCAAAGACAAAAGUGGUGCCAUCCUGGUGGACCUGCACAUGCGAACCAACAUCCCAAACGUCUUUGCUGGGGGGGAUGUUGUCUCCUUUCCCGUAGCGCUGCUCAAUGGGAACCACUCCAGCAUCCAUCACCAACAGGUGGCAGAGGCCCAUGGUUCCAUCGCUGCCUUUAACAUGUUGAAGAAACAGAAGGAGUUGCACACCGUCCCCUUCUUCUGGACCACGAUGCUUGGGAGAAGUAUCCACUAUGCAGGCUGUGGUAAGGGCUACACAGACAUCGUUCUGAAGGGCAGCUUGGAGCAACAGAAGUUCCUCAUCUUCUACCUUAAGGAUGGCUUUGUGACAGCAGCUGCCAGCCUAAACUGUGACCCCAUAGUGUCUCUGAUUGCUGAAGUUUUAUACUUGGGGAAAAAAAUAUCUAAAGAAGAAGCAGAGGCCUACGAUAUCAACAACACACCCUUGUGACAGCAAGCUAAGCUUCAUCCGUACACUGCCACGGGGAGCACAGCAUCAACCAGGAAUUAAAGCUCAACUUGUUGCAAGAAAAAUAAAGUGGAAGCAAAGCUGGAUUGAGCACAUGCAUUUUGUGUUUGCACAGCCCUUGGCUGCUCUUUGCACUCCGGGGCAAAACAGGUGUGCUUUUUCCUAACCAGGGACCUGCUGGGCUGGGCAAGAGGAGAUCACACAAGGCCCCCAGUCCACCGCCUCCAUCCACCACCUCCAGCUCACUGCUGGCAGGGAGCAUUCAUUCAGCACACCCCCGGUCACGCUGACCUUCUGCUUUGCAGAAGUACAUUUUCCCAGCGAGGGGAACUCUGAGCGAGGCAAGCUGCUCUCACAGCUGGGAACAAGACAGUCUGUGUGCAAGAGCUGAUGCCAAAUAACUCACCCCUAAGGACAGAAGGCUGCGAGCCGACCUUUGAGCGAGCAGCACCUGCUGGCAUUGCUACAGCUGUUGUGAAUAUUGCAUUAGCUGCUGCAGCGACUGCUUCCCAAUCCAGCAACCCCAGCCCAGCUGCACGCAGCAUGGCAUCCCCAGUGCUGGCUGCUUCAAGGAGGAGGGCGGAUGCUGCAGGAAACGCAGCCUCAGUGCUGGAGGAAAGAGUUGCAUGG